GUAAAUGCCACUGAGGGAACUUUACUGUCAAAAGUCCACAGACAUCAUGAACUCCUGAUACGCACUAAGUCCAAUGGUCAACGUCGCCUGGCUGGCCUUUGGAUGUCCGCGGCGCCGCUGUUGCUCAAAGCAGCCAGUCUGCAUGAGGACUUCAAAGCCGAGUGGCGGCCAACUGCGCGUGUUGAUUUAAAACCAGAACAAGAAAGAGAAAAGUUGGGCCGAGGGGACCGCAGGCAUGUCUGAGCCGAGGAGAUUUGUGAGUCCGUUUCACCGACCGCAGUUUUUGGCUGCCGCAGCUCCGGCGGGGAAAGCCAAACUAACGCACCCGGGCAAGGCUAUUCUGGCAGGCGGGAUUGCAGGAGGCAUUGAGAUCUGCAUCACCUUCCCAACAGAGUAUGUGAAAACACAGCUGCAGCUCGAUGAGAAAGCCAACCCUCCCAAAUACAGAGGAAUCGUGGACUGUGUGAAGCAGACAGUGAACAGCCAUGGGGUGAAGGGGCUCUACAGAGGCCUGAGCUCGCUGCUCUACGGCUCUAUACCCAAAGCAGCGGUCAGGUUCGGGAUGUUUGAAUUCCUCAGUAACAAAAUGCGAGACGAGAGCGGCAAACUAGACAGCAAGCGAGGAUUCCUCUGCGGUCUGGGAGCCGGAGUCGCCGAGGCCGUGGUUGUAGUCUGUCCAAUGGAGACCGUUAAGGUUAAAUUCAUCCACGAUCAAACAUCAGCUAACCCAAAGUAUAGAGGAUUUUUUCACGGGGUGAGGGAGAUUGUGAGAUCCCAAGGACUGAAGGGGACCUAUCAGGGACUGACUGCCACUGUGCUAAAACAGGGCUCCAAUCAGGCCAUCCGCUUCUACGUCAUGACCUCACUGAGAAACUGGUACAAAGGUGACGACCCCGACAAAGUCAUCAACCCCCUGAUCACCGGGCUGUUUGGAGCUUUCGCCGGUGCCGCCAGUGUCUUUGGAAACACUCCACUGGAUGUGAUUAAGACCAGGAUGCAGGGACUGGAUUCCCACAAGUACAAAAGCACAGUGGACUGUGCCGUUCAAAUCAUGAAGUAUGAAGGACCAAUGGCAUUCUACAAAGGCACCAUUCCUCGUCUGGGUCGGGUGUGCAUGGACGUCGCCAUCGUUUUCAUCAUCUACGAGGAAGUCGUCAAGUUCUUGAACGUUGUGUGGAAGAGUAACUAAGCCGGACGCCUGCGUGCUGCACUACCUGGAGCCUCAGACAAUUACUAAAACAGGCUAAAAGUCCCAUCUUCUUAAAUCAUGUCUUCUGGGUUCUGACGUCUACCUCCAAGUAUUUUCAGGUAGAAAUCAGAAACGGGUUGGUUUAGUACUUAAUUCUUUAUUUCUUAUAGCACAGCGGCAGUGCAAGCAUUACCAGCCUGCCUUAGAGAUGCAGAAAUGCUGCUCACAUUUGCUCUUCCCACCCGCCUCUCUCAAAUUUCCUGAUGGGGGAAUUUUCCUUAAGAGCUAAGGGAAAAAGAGCCGGUAGAUCUGCUCUACUAAAAGAGAUGUUGGUGCCUGUCAGCACAAACUAAUGCUGUGUUCACUUAAUAAAAAGCUAACAGCCAACCCCUUAUAAUGUGAUUUAAACACUAGAGGAACAAAUAUAUACUUGAAGAAAAAAAACAACAACAACUCAGAGGUCUAACGUUUUAAACCCUUUAUUAUUUUUUUUUACUUGUGAGGAACUAGAGAGUUUAUUAAAUUGGUACCUAAUGCAAUAAAUAAUAUGCUGCUGAAGGUCAAAUAAAUAAAGAAACAAAUGCCUUAAUUCUAGAAUGUUUAAACAUGUAGAUUAUGUUAUGAGGUGUAGUUUAAAGAUAUUGCUGUAUGAUAAUUUCUUUAAUAUCCUUAAGAAUGAGUCGGAAGUGGUGUGAGGAGGGUUCGCCUUUAAUUCACCAACAUGUUCUAUAUUAAUUUACGCGUUGCCCUGGGAAGUGCCUGUUUUCUGUGGUUCGUUUUGAGCUUAAGGAUGAGAGAAGGAUGUCCUCCAUCACUACAGAUUUUAGGAGCGAACUCGGUUUCAUACACUGUUGUCAAUUCUCCAGCUGUGCCUAAAGCAUUUCUAACACGUUUAUAUCUUCUCAACUCAUCUGUAUUGGCAUCAGUGUUUCUUUAUACUUGUUUUUUAUUUUUCUUUUCUUUUUUUUGCUUUUUAAAUUGCAAACUUUGCUUUUAAAGUGCUUCGGAUGCAACUAGUGGUGCCUUUCAUCUCUGUCCAUAGAGUCUUUCUAAUACAUGAAAGUACCUAAUUUCGGUCUUUCUCAAUUUAAUUGCCUUUACUUUUUAUGCCAACUGAGGACCUAAUGUGCUGCAAAUAAUAACAAAACUGUAUGUUAUGGACUUAAGAGAUUGUAGCUUGUGAAACUGGCUUGUUUACAUGCAGUGCUAAUACUUGCUUUGCUUAUUGCAGUCUUUGUGUACAACAUGCUAUGUUUACUGUGAAUUAUACUUACCUUUCAUGUUAAUCUCUUAACCCUGGACUCCAUCACAGCUAUUUAAAUAUGUCUGGGGUUUUUUGGAUUAACAGUAAAAAUGUUCACAGACCAUAGAACAUCAUGUGCCUUGAGUCUCAUUAUGGAUUACCACAAAUAAACAUGGUUCAGACUA